AUGGCUGCCAAGGAAAUAUCCACGGAAGUUCUGCAAAACCCUGAACUAUAUGGACUGAGGCGGUCGCAUAGAGCUGCUACUCACCAACAAAACUACUUCAAUGAUAGCGAUGAUGACGACGAUGAAGAAAAUAUAAAACGCUCAAGAAGAAAGAGAACUACUACCAUUGAAGACGAAGAGGACAAUUUUGAAGACGAGGAAGACCAAGAUGUUUCCGAAGAGGAUGAGGUCGAGGAGAAUUUCGAAGAAGACGACAAUUAUUAUGGCUCUCCUGUAAAGAAAAGCCGCUCGAAAUCGAAUUCCAAGAUGAAAUUCAAAUCCUCAUCGAAGCCAAAAUAUGAAUCUGAGAAGCUACCUAUAGUGAAGAUACCAACAAGGUUUUCUAAUCGUCAAAACAAAACAAUAAACUACAAUGUUGAUUAUAGCGACGAUGAUCUCUUGGAAUCUGGAGACGAUUACGGAUCCGAAGAGGGUUUAUCGGAAGAAAGUACUUAUGAGGCAUCCGCAAACUCUCAGCUAGAAGACUUCCAUGGUAUCGACAUUGUUAUUAACCACAGACUUAAAACAUCUUUGGAGGAAUCAAAGGUCUUGGAAAGGGCUGUUCCUGGCCUGAACGAAUGCAGGGAAAACUAUGAAUUUUUAAUCAAAUGGACGGAUGAAUCUCAUCUCCACAAUACUUGGGAAACUUAUGAAUCUAUUGGUCAAGUGCGUGGUCUUAAAAGAUUAGAUAACUAUUGCAAACAGUUUAUCAUUGAAGAUCAACAAAUAAGAUUAGAUCCAUACGUUACCGCCGAAGAUAUUGAAGUCAUGGAUAUGGAACGUGAACGAAGGCUCGAGGAAUUCGAAGAAUUUCAUGUACCAGAAAGAAUCAUAGAUAGCCAACGUUCUUCUUUGGAAGAUGGCACUUCACAGUUACAAUAUUUAGUCAAAUGGCGCCGUCUAAACUAUGACGAAGCCACUUGGGAGAAUGCCACAGAUAUUGUGAAAUUGGCGCCUGAACAAGUAAAACAAUUCCAAAACAGAGAAAAUUCCAAGAUCCUUCCGCAAUAUUCUAGUAACUAUACUUCGCAAAGGCCACGCUUUGAGAAACUAAGUGUGCAACCACCUUUCAUUAAAGGUGGGGAAUUGAGAGAUUUCCAACUGACUGGUAUCAAUUGGAUGGCGUUUUUAUGGUCCAAGGGUGACAACGGUAUUUUAGCAGAUGAAAUGGGGCUAGGGAAAACUGUUCAGACGGUAGCAUUUAUCAGUUGGCUGAUUUUUGCGCGUAGACAGAACGGGCCACACAUUAUUGUGGUUCCAUUAUCGACAAUGCCUGCUUGGCUGGAUACUUUUGAAAAAUGGUCGCCUGAUUUGAAUUGUAUUUGUUAUAUGGGUAAUCAAAAAUCAAGAGAUACCAUCAGGGAAUACGAAUUUUACACCAAUCCACAGGCAAAGGGAAAGAAAACAAUGAAAUUUAAUGUUUUACUAACAACAUACGAAUACAUCUUAAAAGAUCGUGCUGAGUUAGGUGGUAUAAAAUGGCAGUUCAUGGCCGUUGACGAAGCUCAUAGACUAAAAAACGCAGAAUCAUCUCUUUAUGAAUCAUUGAAUAGUUUCAAGGUUGCGAACCGUAUGUUAAUCACAGGUACCCCUCUUCAAAACAAUAUUAAAGAAUUAGCCGCUUUGGUCAAUUUCCUAAUGCCCGGAAGAUUUACUAUUGAUCAAGAAAUUGAUUUUGAAAACCAAGAUGCGGAACAAGAAGAAUAUAUUCAUGACUUACAUAGAAGGAUACAACCAUUUAUUCUUCGUCGUCUGAAGAAGGAUGUCGAAAAAUCACUACCAUCAAAGACGGAACGUAUCUUGAGAGUCGAAUUAUCCGACGUACAGACGGAAUACUACAAAAACAUUUUAACCAAAAAUUAUUCUGCCCUAACUGCCGGUGCUAAAGGGGGCCAUUUUUCCUUGCUAAAUAUUAUGAACGAACUGAAAAAGGCAUCAAAUCAUCCGUAUCUGUUCGACAAUGCUGAAGAGCGCGUGUUACAAAAAUUUGGGGAUGGUAAAAUGACUCGUGAAAACGUAUUAAGAGGACUAAUCAUGUCUUCAGGCAAAAUGGUUCUUUUAGAUCAAUUAUUGACCAGAUUGAAGAAGGAUGGCCACCGUGUGUUGAUUUUCUCACAAAUGGUCAGAAUGCUUGACAUUCUUGGUGACUACCUAUCUAUUAAGGGAAUAAAUUUUCAAAGAUUAGACGGUACAGUGCCAUCUGCCCAAAGAAGAAUAUCUAUUGACCACUUCAACUCUCCAGAUUCGAACGAUUUUGUAUUCUUGCUAUCCACUCGUGCUGGUGGUUUGGGUAUCAAUUUGAUGACAGCCGAUACUGUUGUUAUUUUUGAUUCUGAUUGGAACCCUCAAGCAGAUUUACAAGCAAUGGCAAGAGCUCAUCGUAUUGGCCAAAAAAAUCACGUUAUGGUAUAUAGACUAGUUUCAAAAGAUACUGUGGAGGAAGAAGUUCUAGAGAGAGCGCGUAAGAAAAUGAUUUUGGAAUACGCAAUUAUUUCGCUUGGUGUGACAGAUGGUAAUAAAUACACAAAGAAAAACGAACCAAAUGCCGGUGAACUGUCAGCAAUAUUGAAGUUUGGUGCCGGUAAUAUGUUUACUGCUACAGACAAUCAAAAAAAAUUGGAGGAUCUUAAUUUGGAUGAUGUAUUGAACCAUGCUGAAGACCACGUUACGACACCAGAUCUAGGAGAGUCACACCUUGGUGGUGAAGAGUUUUUGAAGCAGUUUGAAGUCACAGAUUAUAAAGCUGACGUGGAUUGGGACGACAUCAUUCCAGAAGACGAGUUGAAAAAACUUCAAGACGAAGAACAGAAACGAAGGGAUGAAGAAUAUGUCAAAGAGCAACUUGAAAUGAUGAAUAGAAGGGACAAUGCCCUAAAGAAAAUCAAAAGUAGCGUUAAUGGCGACGGAACUGCCACUAACUCAGAUUCCGACGACGAUGGCACUUCCAGAUCAUCUAGAAGAAGGAUAAGAACUAACGAUAUGGAUUCCAUUGGCGAAGCGGAAGUGAGAGCCUUGUAUAAGGCAAUCUUAAAAUUUGGUGACCUGAAGGAGAUUUUGGACGAGCUUAUUGCUGACGGGACGUUGCCAGUGAAGUCAUUCGAGAAAUACGGUGAAACUUACGAUGAAAUGAUUGAAAAGGCUAGCGAAUGUGUUCGUGAAGAAGAGAAAAACAGGAGGGAGGCCUUAGAGAAGCUUGAAAAGGAUGCUUCCAAUUAUAGAGCAAAGUUGAAAAGUGGCGAAAUAAAGGCUGAAAAUCAACCAAAGGAUAAUCCGUUGACGAGAUUAUCACUGAAAAAAAGAGAAAAGAAGGCCGUCCUUUUCAAUUUUAAAGGUGUAAAAUCACUAAACGCUGAAUCAUUAUUAAGUAGGGUGGAGGACUUAAAGUACCUGAAAGACCUAAUAAAUUCAAACUAUAGAGAUGAUCCGUUGAAGUUCAACUUAGGUAAUAGUACGCCUAAGCCUGUACAGAAUUGGUCAUCAGAUUGGACGAAAGAGGAGGACGAAAAGCUCCUGAUUGGUGUUUUCAAGUACGGGUAUGGUUCUUGGACACAAAUAAGAGAUGAUCCAUUCCUAGGUAUUACAGAUAAAAUAUUCCUGAAUGAGGUUCAAAAUCCCGCACCCAAAAAAUCGGUAAGUUCGUCAGAUUCCACACCAGCACCUUCAAAGAAGGGAAAGGGAAUAACUGGGUCUUCUAAAAAAGUUCCUGGUGCCAUCCAUUUGGGUAGGAGAGUGGACUAUCUACUUUCCUUUCUAAGGGAAGGUCCAAAUGCAAAAAGCCCCAGCCUUGAGCUAAACAUUAAGAAGCUUCCAACUGGUCCCUCCAAGAAAAGACAAAGGAGGCCUGCCAAUCAUGGCAAGUCAGCAACCCCAGAAAUAGCCAAUUCCGAGUCUGCGAACGGUCCACCAGGAAAACGUAUGAAAGCCUUACCAAAGGGUCCUGCUGCUUUAUUAAACAGUUCAAGACCUUCUGCAAAUAGCCCCGGCCCAUCGUCGAAACCUAAAGGCUCCAGAGACGGUAGUACGAGACAAACAAGCAAUAUCAGUAGCAGCAGCGCCCACGAAAAAGAAUAUGAUAGCAUGGAUGAAGAAGACUGCCGACAUACGAUGAGCGCUAUACGUACUUCUUUAAAACGCCUCAGAAGAGGCGGGAAGGGGCUAGAUCGUAAAGAAUGGGCGAAGAUUUUGAAGAAUGAAUUAACUACGAUCGGCAACCAUAUCGAAUCACAAAAGGGCUCGUCAAGAAAGAUAGACUCAGAAAAAUACCGCAAGCACCUUUGGUCUUACAGUGCCAACUUCUGGCCGGCAGACGUUAAAAGCACAAAGCUGAUGGCAAUGUACGACAAGAUAACAGAGUCUCAAAAGAAGUAA